AUGAGCUCCCGCCAGCCUCGUAGUGCACUGGGCGCGAACGGAAGCACCUCGCGCAGGGGCUCCGCCGUCAGCGCGUUGUCAGUGCCGGUCACUAACACUUUUGUCGCCGACGUGCAGCCGACUUACACCCUCCGCGGCGUCGUCCGCUGCGUCGAAACCAUCAACGACCGCAUCGCCUGGACCGCGGAGGAGGACGGCACGCUGAAGAUCCGCUCGCUCCCCAAGGGAACGGAGCUGAAGGUCCUCCGCGGCCGCCCGCGAACGAAGUGCGCGGCGCUGCUUUACAUGGAGGCGCAGCAGCAGCUCUGGGCCGCUUUCGAAGACGGCUUCGUUCGCGUCUACUCCGUCGUGCAGUCAGAGCUGGUGAGCGAGUUUUCCGCGACGGAGACGCCCGGCGCGGCGGCCACGGCACUCCUGGAGGUGGAGGGCAUGGUAUUUCUCGCGGGUGAAGACGGUAGCUUGACGCAGUGGGACUGCCAGAGCCUCCGCCGCCUGCGCGCGCUGCCCGGCCACCUCAGCUCCAUUCGCUGCCUCGGCUGCUACAUGGGGCCGACCGGCAGCGUCAUCUUCUCCGGCAGCGACGACAGCACCGUCAAGGCCUGGGACCCCUAUCUAGAGAGCUCAAACAACAGCAGCAGCAGUGGCAAUUGCAUGUUUGUCUUCAGCGGACACCGCAAAGGUGCGGUGCGGGCGAUUGAGGUGGUCAAUGCGGUAAAUCAGAUGUGGACUGCCGGCGACGACGCGACGGUGCGGGUGUGGAACUUGGAAUCGCUGGACUGCGUGGCGGUGCUCAAGGGCACUCCGCAGCUGUGA